AUGCAGCUGACUCGCGGUGUCCUCUCCUAUCUUUUGUAUAGCAGCCUGGCUGUCCUCGCUGACGCUACGCCGCCAAAGCGUAGUAUUGCACCAGCCAGCUCCGCGGCCAGCAUUUACAGCACGAGUUCAGUCCACCCAAGCAGUACCAGUGCUACGCAAUCUUUUCCAACAAAUCCUCCAUCUUUGAUAAUUGACUGGUUAUAUGAUCUUGUGGCUCCAGAGUGGAACGAGAUGAACUGCUCCAUCCCAGCGGCGACGGACAGCGACAUGGACCCCUUGGAGCGUUGGGAACAGUUGAAGGUCAAGGACGCCUGGGAUGCUGCAGUUGACCAUUGGAACACCGAGGGCAAUGAUGGCACAACACAGUUCUCGCAGUCGCUUGGCUCAUUCUUUGAGUACACCGAGACCCUGUUCUGCGAGAACCUGGCCGACAAUGACGGCUGCUCCAGUCUGCAAGUCAAGUGCGAUGAGUUCAACCACCCUGCUGGAUAUAUGAUUGUUCUCUCUUUGAUCUGGCUUGAGCGGCAAUACCUAGGCAUGAACAGUGCCAUCACAGCCGCCAGUAAUACCGUCUCCGAGCGGCUUUCAGACAUGCUGGGAACCUUUGCUCCUUUGAAGAAAGAGGGUCUUACUGUUGAUAGCAUCAUGUUGGAUCUUAUUAGUAUGGGGUUUUCCCUCACUAUGUCACCAAUGUGGAACAAAGUUUUUAAGGAAUCGAAAAUCAUAUCUAGCAAAGUCAAGCUAGCGGAAAAGAUCGAUAUCAAGGGAAAGGGAAAGGAGGGUGCGUCAAAGGCCAAGGAACAAGAUCUCGCCAACGAGCUGGGGACGGUCAAAGACUGGGUUAAUCCUCUGGUUACCCAGUCCAUAACUAUCCUUAAGGAUGCGAGUACUGCAGCAGGAACGCAACUUGCGAACGAAGAAGCACUCGACAACACGAUUGGGAUCAUGUCGGAUGAGUGGCAGUCCGGGCUCGAUAGCUCCGUGAAAGCUCUCUUCAACGGCUCGUCGGAUUCGAUUGAUCUCCUCUACGAUACCAUCAAAUUCGGAAAGUUCUUCAGCUUCAACGGCGUGCCCAGCGAUUACGACCUCCAGACGUACGUCGAGAUUGUCCUCUAUGCAUACCUUGUCCCCCAGGCCUGGAGUCUCACAGAAGAAGGACCUUUCAUUCUUGAUACUGGUGCCGACUGUGUAGAUGGAGAGCCAGAUAUCCCAAAUGACUACAAUUACCGGUGGCUACGGACCGACGAUGUUAAAGACCCCUGGUAUUGCUAUGAGGACAAAGCAUACUACCUUGUCGGUGCCCAAGCAAAGGACUACGCAGAAUGCGAUAACGGCUCUGGGAUCUGCGUAAACAACGGGUUUUACAACCUUCCUGGUGCAGACAAGUUGGACGGGAGCAGUUAUGGCGGCAUUACUGUCGAUAACAUUAUCAACGGAACCCUCAAUGGAUAUUUUGGCAACGGCGAGAAGAACGGGUGGUCGACUGCUGAUAGCAGUGAUGAAGCCACCCUCGACGACAUCUUCGACAGUGGCAUCACCACUGCGGGUGUUUUUACGCUGCCAGUUUGCGGAGCCACCGAAGCCUGGACGAACUGGCACUACUACUCGUCUGGUGCGAGAGGACAGACCGACAAUUAUCCGUGUAACUAG